CGUAAUUGUAAGUUUGGCUUUAACUAUUCCUCUGUGUUAAGCUGCGUGCAUAGCAUAGUUCACAAAUAUUUAAUCUCGGAGUCACAACGAUUGAAGCAUCAUGUUGUGUUAAACUGAGCGCUGUUCGAAGUUGCAUCCGCGUGAUCGAUAAUCUGGUUGAUUCUGUAGAGUUUGCCGCGAUCGCGGGAACCGAGUUCUACGUUCUACGCCGAACCGCUUAACAUUCGCUUGUGUGGACACCACGGCGCACCGCACGAAACGGCACACCAUAUAGUUCCGGAGAGAGCAUAAAAUUCUGCCUGCCAUGGAAUCGGAUAGCAGCGCUACAGCAAAGCACCUCACUGAUGACACCAACACCGAGGUGGCUGCAAGUGAACUCCCAGCAAUCACCAAUGUGAACGAGCAAAUGCAAGCAGGUGGUUCGGAAGAUACUGCAAAAGACGGGGUAAUCUCUGUUGAAUGCACACCGCAAGCGGGAGAUCUAGAGAAACCAAUCGGCACUAGGGCUGAAACAGAAGGUUUCGCGGGCGGAGACGACGAGUCUAGAGCGAAUCAAAUUAGUGACGCCAUUGAGUGUCCCGGGGAAUCGGUUAGUACAUCACAUUCCCCACGGAGCAGUUCGAAAGUAGCCGAAAACAACGACCAGCCAUGCCAAGGGGAAGCUAGCCAAUCUCUCAGUCCAUCACAUGCUCCCAGUAACCUAGAGACAGCAGUCGAAAACGGCUGCACAUACUCCGAAGAACAAACUCAGGACAAUAGCGUCGUUACUGAUAAAAACGAGCCAACUGGUAGUGAACAUGGAUCACACACAAGUCGCCGAAAUUCGCGCGAAAGUCGCUCGACGUCGCGCAGUCCACGCCACGCCGCCAGUCGAAGUAAUAGCCGUGAUAGUAUGUCUCGUUCGCGCAGUCGAAGCAACAACCGUCGUAGCCGCUCAGGUUCCGGAUCGCGGUCCCGUUCGCGCUCUCGCUCGCAAUCACGAUCCCGUUCUCGCUCUCGAUCCCGGUCCCGGUCUCAAUCGCGAUCCCGGUCUCAAUCACGGUCCCGGUCUCGGUCGCGGUCAAGGUCCCGAUCUCGGUCCCGGUCUCGGUCCCACUCUCGCUCCCGAUCUCGGUCUCGUUCUCGGUCCCAGUCGCGAUCUCAAUCUGGAUCGCGCUCACGUUCCCGGUCCCAUUCACGCUCCCGUUCUGGAUCGCGAUCGCGUUCGGUGUCGCGCUCAGUAUCUAGAUCCUACUCAAAAUCUCGCAGCCGAAGCCAGAGCGUGGUGCGUAGCCGCAGCCGGAGCCGCAACAGUUCACAUUCACGCAGUGGGCGCUCCAAGAGCCCCUCGAUGGCAUCGGGGAUGCCUGAAGGCGGAAAGCACUCCAAAAAACCAAAGCGAUUCGUGGAAUCAGACGAUGACGAGGAGGACGGUGAGCAAGCCCGCGAACAAAACUCCACGGACCGCAGUAAACAUGACGCUGAUGUUGAAGAUGAGGAGGACAAGGACGGAUCGCAAAAAAAGCUGGCCGAGAAAGAGGGUGGCACUGAAAAUAUUCUCGAUUCGGACGAUGAAAUGCCCAAGGAUGAUGAUGGUAACAGCGACCGGGGGGCGUUUAUGUCCGAUUUCGACAUAAUGAUGGCGCGCAAAAAAGAGGAAAAGUCCCGCCGCCGAAAGCGAAACGAUAUCGAGCUGAUCAACGACAACGAUGAUUUGAUUGCUCAACUUUUGCAGCAGAUGCGAGAGGCUGCCGAUGAUGAUCGGCAGCUGAAUAAGGAGUCUAAACCAGCUACCAAGAAGAUUGCAAUCCUAAAGCAUGUGAUGUCACAGCUCAUCAAAAAAGAUCUGCAGCUAGCGUUUCUGGAGCAUAACGUACUGAACGUGCUCACCGAUUGGUUGGCCCCGUUGCCCAACAAGGCCCUACCAUGCCUGCAGAUUCGAGAAAAUAUUCUAAAGCUGUUGGCCGAUUUUCCUGCGAUUGACAAGGCUUAUCUAAAGCAGUCGGGCAUUGGCAAGGCAGUAAUGUACCUCUACAAGCAUCCGAACGAAACGAAACAAAAUCGCGAACGUGCGGGACGUUUGAUCAACGAGUGGGCUCGGCCCAUCUUCAAUCUAAGCACUGACUUUAAGGCGAUGACACGAGAGGAGCGUCAACAACGUGAUCUGCAACAGAUGCCCCGUAAGCGUCGCCACUCGCCGGAACCAUCGACAUCGGCCAGUAACAACCAGAAGAAGGGGUUGCCAUUCACUGAGGCAGACAAAGGAGCACUGCGCCCAGGUGAUAAGGGUUGGGUACAGCGAGCUCGUGUUCCUAUGCCUUCCGACAAGGAGUACAUUGUACGCCCAAAAUCAACUGUCGACACCGACAUGACUGUUGUCGCGAAAAAGAAGCUGAACCGUUAUGAGAAGCACUUGAAGAAAUUCAUCGAUAAAAAGCGAAUGCAGUCUAGCCGCCGAGCAGUAGAGAUCUCCAUCGAGGGUCGUAAGAUGGCGCUGUAAGAUCGCACGUGAUAGACGGAUGCGGCUGUUGGUUUUAGGACGCCAGCGAUUAAUUUCCGAUCCAGUAGGUUCGGAGUAUUAAUCUAAAUAAACCUUUUUUUUUUCAUCUAAGCGUGCGAAACCGAAGUGCUUUGGAAAGAAAUAUGCACAGACACGGUUACUGUCCUCUUCACAGUACUCCCCGUAAUUAAUUUCAUGCUGAUUCUGUUAAGAAAUUUCUAUCAAAAGAAGAAUGAACUAAAUGCGCGCACAUAGGAUGCAGAACUAAAACUUA